CGGGACGUUAAAAAAAAAAAGCAGCCGAUAGUGCAACUAAGCUGAGUAAAAUCAGUUUAUACAGUUAUACGUGCUGUUGAUUUUCUCCUCGUACUGGUUUAAGAUGUCAGCCCCGAAGUCUGCCUCAUCGAAAAGUAUCACCUCAACUCCACUCAAAAGUCAAUUCUCCGUCCCAAGGAGCAUUCCAAGGAGAAGCAGGAGUUUGGAAUCCACAGGCGACUCAACCUACUCUCUCCUGUCCCCCAUUUAUCACGAUAGCUUUGAAUUAUCAGAUGAUGAUGAUGAUGAUAAGGAUGAAGCACUGAAACAGUGUCAACCUCCUGAAGACCCCUCUCUUACAGCACACCAAAGUGUAUUCCCCAUCAGUCAAAGCAGAAAUGCAUCCCAUCAUGCAGAAGAUACCUUCAAUACAAGACUCAAUCUGAGUGCAUGGGAGCAGUGGCUUGUAAGUAAAGCCAAGGAAGAGCGAAUCAGAAAGCACCAAAAAUCCAUCCAGGAACAAGCUCUGAAAGAAAAAAAGGAGCAAGAAGAAACGGAACAGCAACAAAAAAAAGCAGUCAGUGAGUGUAAAAUCCAAGAGUGGCUUCAAAUGAAGAGGGAACAGGAAAAACAGGAAAAGCUUUCUCAGGUGUCCCAGAAAACAAACAAAAUGUUACUUGAAGAGCGGAAACGUUUGGAGGUAGAAAAAAAAGCCCAAGAAAAAUAUAAAGCCUGGCUCCAAAAGAAACAGCAUGAGGAAAAGGAAAAGAAAUUAAAAGAGCAAGAAGAACUUGCAAGAAGAGAGAAAGAGGAGAGAGAACGAAAAGAGAGAGCAGAUGAGAAGUUUAAAGAGUGGCUUAAAAGCAUAAAUGACAAAGAAAGACAUAAACGUCAGUCAUCAGCAUGUUCAGCUAGUGGCUAUGACUAUCUAAACUAUCCAGCUCCCAGUUUUGUGAAUCCUGUUCCAUGGAAGCCCAUUCAUGUUCCCCAGCAUGAGAGAACGCCCAGGAAGAGCUCCGCACACAAGAAACAGCAAGGUCCACCUAAAUAUCACUCAACUCCAUGUCUUACUUACAAGCCAAAAGACACCAACAGCUUUGCUACCAAAAGACGCUGAUAUUGUUAGGUUAAGACAUGGAACAAAUGCAGAGCUUUUACUUUUAUUAAAAAAGUACGGUACAAACAAAUGGUAUUUUUAUGGUUUUAGGCUGAUAUUUAGAAAUUAUUGUCGGUCCAGAUCUUGAGUGUAUUUAGCGUUUAAAUGUUGAUGGUGCUGAAAAUAUUUUAAACAAUCUUUUUCCA